AUGUCUCUCAGUCAUUGCAAAGGAGGAUAUGAUACCAUGCGUGAUUACCAGAUGAAUAUGGUCACUGCAUUGGUUCUGAACAAGAAAUACAACUUCUCACAUAUUGUUUUUCAUUACAUGGCCGAGAAAAUUACGACAAAGAGUCGGACUUUGACUUAUCCAAGAUUCGUGCAGAUGUUGAUUGAUCAUGCAUAUCCUGAUAUUGAACGUGAUGUAAAAAAUGAUCUAUUAGUUCUUUCACACAUGAGUAAUGAUUCACUGAAGCAACUUGCAAGAUAUCAUCCGAACCAUCCUGAACCAAAAAUAGUAGCAGAGUUUUUCGGAUUUAUUAAAGAUGUGAAUUAUGUUGAUCCUGAUCUAGUUAAUCACCAAAACUGGAGAAAUGAAGAAGAGAUGAAGGAAGCAGCUUAUGCUGAUGAGCUAAAGGCUCUUGAAGAGUUCAAAACCACACGUAAUGACUGGUUUGUCAAAGAACCGAGAAAGAGAGGCAAAAAGGUUACCCCUAAAUCACAGGAAGGUGAGGGGUCAUCCUCACAGCCAAAGAAAAAGCAAAAGAAAGUGGCAAAGACAUUGUUGAUUGAUGAGCCUGAGGUUGAGGAACCGGUUGUAAAUGUGGAAGAAGAUCCGUAUGCUGAUAUUGAUCAAGUGAUGUUAAAUGUUGAUGAUUUAGUGUCUGAGCAAGCAGCUAAUGUAGAAGCUGAAAAAGAGAAAGUUAUUGAUGAUGUCGAAGGUGAUGAUGUUAAUAAAAGUACUAAAAGCUCUUCGAGUUCUUCUGAUGAAGAAAUAGAUGAGACUAAAAGUCUAAGAAGAAUUCAAGAAGCUACAGAGAAAGAGAAACAAUUAAGGAAGAGGAAGAGACAGGAGAAAGAUGAUGCUUCAUACGAUCCAUCUCCUGAGCACGUUUCUGAAUCUCAAUCACCUUCCAGUGGUAAAAAGAAAACAGGAGCAAGAAAGAAGAUUGUGUCUCCGAAAAUAAGAAAAGUGACUCCAAAGAUCACCAAGCCCAAGAUUGUUCUGAAGAAGAAACCAUUCAAAGAACAAAAUAUUGGAGAUUUUGGUUUUGCAAAUGAUGAACAAGUAAAGAAGUUAGAAAAGAAGAUGGAUGAUGUGUUGAAUGAAAACAAAAUAGUUGCAGUUGAAAGCAAGAAAGUGGCUGAUCGUGAGAAGAUUCUCGAGAUGCGCGUAAAGAAGUUAGAAUCUAAAAAUAAGUCCUUACAGAAGAAGAUUAAUACAGAUCAGUCAGAGAUUCAUUUCUUGAAAGUAAGAGUUGCAGAAUUAGAAGAAGAAAAGGCUCGCAGAGAUGAGUAG